AACCAAUAUCUGGUGCUAACAUCACWACUACCCCAAACUCUUCAAUCAUCGAGGGGGGCUCUGUGACCUUAACCUGUYAUGCUUCUGGCUCCAUCGUCACCAGAGAGUGGAUGAAAGAUGGUCACCCUCUGUCUGCUGGUGGCAACAUAAUCGUCUCUGAGGAUAAGAGAGUGCUGUCCAUAAACCCUGUGAAGAGAACAGACACUGGAGAAUACCGGUGUAGAGUCAGCAACCCCAUCAGCACCGCUAAUGCUAAACACGGUCUCAUUGUAAACUAUGGACCUGAUGGUAUGGAAAUAAUGGGUCCAUCUGAAAUAGAAGUAGGACAGAAGWUUACAUUGACCUGCUCUGCUGACUCCAUACCGACUUCUAGUUACACCUGGYUGCUUAACGGGACAGAGAUACCUGGACAUUCACCUGAGUUCACUAAAGAGAAGAGUGAAUACUCUGACAGUGGGGAUUACACCUGUACAGCAACAAAUAAUGUCACUGGAAACAAAACAUCUGUGGUCCAUAAACUGUCAGUAAAAGCGGAGGGCUCUCUAUCUCAGGGUCUGUCUGCUGGUGCCAUUGCUGGGAUUGUGAUUGGAGUAUUGUUGGUUUUGGGAGUGGCAGUUGGUGUGGCGGUCUACUUCAUGAAGAUGAAGGGUUUCUUCAAGAAAGAAUCCUCCAGGAGUGUUGGCAACACAGGUAAKAGCUCUGCUAACGGAGGGGGACCAGGAGGAAACCAGGACCUGAACUAUGCAGACAUCACACAAUUCCAGAAGAGGGAUGGUGGGUCAGUUCAGCUGGGGAACCUGGGUACUUCCUCCACAGAGUACGCUCAGGUCCGAGUCAACAACCGGCCUGGUCAGCCUGCCGAACCACCCACCUACAAAUCCCACCAUUCCUAGGUGAAAAAGCCU